GCCGCCGCGUCUGCAGGGAGCGCGAAGAGCAGCCGCGGAGACGAGUGUCUGGAACAACCCUCCGCCGCCUCGGCGUCCACACCGGUCCGGGGAUGCCUGGCUCGUAGGUCCGGUCAGCUCCACGGACAGAGGAGACCGACGACAUGGAGGCAGACGGCGUGAGCAUAUGGCCACGCAUGGAACCCUUCCUACUGGGUGCCUUACAGGUCGCUCCUUCCUCCAAGCUCGGUCUUCACUACCUUCGGAAGAUGGGAACCUACGUGCGAACGCGGGAUGGCUGUUUCCCUGUUUUGGGCUGGCCCAUGUGGAGACACAUCGCUUGCGGAAAGCUACAGCUUCCAGAAGACCUUGCGUGGCUCUACUUUGAGAGCUUUGACCUUCUCAUGGGCCACACUGCCGAGGAGAGGUUGGAGUGGGCAGAGUGUCUGUCGCAGUGCUCUUGCAAAAGUGAGCUGGAGCAGCAAAGGAGCAAGCUGUCGGUGGACACACUGCAGUUCCUCCUCUUCCUCUUCAUCCAGCAGCUGAAUCGUGUGUCUCUGCGAACGUCUCUGAUUGGAGAAGAGUGGCCUAACCAUCGCACUCGCUCCCCGUCUCCAUCAGACCGAGAGGCCAAGACAAGUGCUCAGAACAAGAACUGGGAUGAUCAGGCCCACCUGUCAUUCGUACAAAGCAAUCUGGCAGGGAUUUUGGAGCUGCUGGUGGACCCCGGCCAGCUGUCACAAUCUGGACAAGCCCAAAGAGACUACCAGAUAUCUGUGGAGUCUGUGCGGAGCUUGGGCCUCCUCCUGGAGGGUUCAGCCGGCCACGGAGGAGCCGUUCAGCCCAUCCACCGGCUGCUGACCGAAGGCGAACUCCAGACACAAGCUGGCUACUCCCCCCAGAGCCGCUCCUUCCCUCUGCACAAGCUCCUGUCUUGUCUCCAGCGCAGCCUCGGUCUCAACCCCUUCGGGAUCACCUCCUGCCUUCGCUCAGGAAAGAAACUAGCCUGGGCGCAACAAGUGGAAGGGGCCAUGAAGAGAGCCAAGAUAAGCAGAAACACCCACACAGCUCCACCUGGCAGUAAGAUGGUGCUUAUGUCCCAGGUCUUCAAACAAACUCUGGCUAAAACCUCAGACAAAUUGACCGGUGCCAACAUUAAAAUCCACAGAUGCUCUGAUGCCUUUAUUUACCUGCUUUCACCUCUCAGAUCUGUGAGUUUAGACAAAUGCCGUAACACCACCGUGGUUCUGGGUCCCGUGGAGACCAGUAUUCACAUGCACUGCUGCCAGAAUGUCAGGUUGGUUUGUGUGGCCAGAAGAAUCGCAGUCGGAGCCUCUUCCCGUUGCACCGUCCACGCCCUGACACCCAGCCGCCCGCUGCUCCUGCCUGGAAACACAGACAUCACCCUAGGUCCUUACCACACUUUCUACCCCUCCCUGGAGGACCAUAUGGCCAGCGUGGGCUUGGCGGUGGUUCCCAAUGUCUGGGAUCAGCCCUUGCUUUGGGCUACCGAUUGCCUUGCCAACUCUUCGCUCAACACGUCCUCCAGCCCAGACACUGCCUGCUAUCGCCUGCUGCCGCCAUCACAGUUUCACACCCUGGUUGUGCCGUACCAGAUGGAGGGGGAUACGUGCGAGGUGCCUGGCGGGCUGCCUCCUGCCUACCAGGAAGCUGUGAAUGAAAAGCAGAAGAGGAUACAGACCUGGCAGAAAACGGUGAUGGAUGCCCGACUCACCAAGGAGCAGAAACAACAAUUCCAGGAGCAGGUGGAGUUAAAGUUCCACGAGUGGCUGAUAGAAACGGGGCACCGGCAGGAACUUGACAGCCUGAUCCCGCCAGUGAUAACCUCUGUUAAGGACUUGGACAGAGCAGAAAAGGACACCGGCCGAGUUAAACCAACCAAACCGACUGAGACCGAAGAAACGGGACAGCCGCCCGUGGUUCAUUGAAUUAUUGUGUUAAUUUUGUUUUGGGGCAUAUUUUCCCGAAGCCGGUGAACUGAAACAGCCUGGCAGUGACCACAGACAGGUCAGACGGGCGUGAAGCUGCCGGUUCAGUUUUCAUAACAACCUGGGGUGUGGACAUCUCACCAAUUUCCUCCCAACAAAAGGCAGCUACACCUUUUAUCCCAUGCUGAGGAGGGAGUGGAGCAGAAUGUUGCAGAACAACUUGGUGCAAGUCAAUCUUAUGAGACUGAAGACACGGGGGUGGGGCACAUGUUUAGCUUUUAAAGGAAGAAGAUUUCUGAAAAUAUGCUGAAAAUAGGAAAGUCAAACUUUAGGAGAAUUGUGCUAUAAAUAAAAAUCUAUUUUUUUUUUAUUUCAAGUGGGAAAUUGAGGUGUUCUGCAAGUUCAAAGCAUUUUGAAGCGUUUUGGAGACUUGACAUCACUUGGGUCCUCAUUGGAGGUUGCUGCGCUGAGGCUCGGUGUGGCUUAGGCCUGCAAGAACCACAAAUGCCUUUGUCUAUAAAGUCACAGCCAUUAUUUCUUUUUUCCGACAGACUUCCUUUUGGUAAAUAACUAACUUUGUAUUCUCAGAGAGGGAAACCUAAGUAGAGAGCCACGGAGAACAUUGAACAUAUUUAAUUGUUUGGGUGGAAAGAAGAUGCUUGUGCACCCACAGCUCAGGUCAUAGUAUUUAUUAGAAUAGUAGAAAAUAAUUUAAGACUUUUGUUUCUUAAUUUUCUCCUUUCUUUGAAAAGAUUAGGCAACAUUGUUGGGGAUGUGUCCUAAUUGUAUUUUUGUAUGAAUAUAUAUGUAAUUAUCAGUUCUGAAAGAUAAUUCCAAUAAUUCUGUCCUACUCAGAGCAAGUUUGAACAUUUAAAACUUCCAAGUGUACUUAAGCCAGUUCUUCACAUUUGGCAUUACAGCCUGUUUGAUUUAAUUACAUUUUUUUUUUGUUUACAUAAUGUAUGUGUAUUAUAUGGUUUUCGAAAAGAAUAUGAUGUUACUGUAAAACUUGUGCACUUUUCUGCUGGUGUUUACAAGCAACAAUCCUCAUCUGCUGUACGAAGAGGACAAACUGGUCCUGGCAAAAUAGAUAAUAAAAGUUCU